AUGGACAUCUCAAAAUCUCCUUCUUCUCCCUCCCAGUCAGAGACAAUGGAGAAUUCUAUUACUAGUGCAAUUGCAAAAUAUGGGAACAUUGAUGACACUGAGGAGGAGGGCACACGCCAUUUCAUGGUGAACGUUAUUGAGCCACAGUUCAACCUUCAUUCGGAGGAGUCUAAUGGUAGGUUCUUGCUCGCUGCUGUGAGCGGUCGUGUUUUAGCGCGGUCAUUUCAUUCAGUUCUUCAUGUCGGCUAUGAGGUGAUUGAACAAGCACUUGGUGGAGAGAGGAUCCAAGUACCUGAAACUCAGCCUGAAAUGACAUGGAACCGCAUGGAGUUCUCUGUUAUGUUGGAGCAUGUCCAAGCUCAUGUAGCUCCAACAGAUGUGGAUCCAGGGGCUGGAUUGCAGUGGCUUCCUAAGAUUCGUCGGAGCUCACCAAAAGUGAAGCGUACUGGAGCUUUAUUGGAAAGGGUUUUUAUGCCAUGUGACAUGUACUUCAGAUACACAAGGCAUAAAGGAGGAACAUCUGAUUUAAAGGUGAAGCCCUUGAAAGAGCUUAUUUUCAAUUCUCAUAAUAUUACUGCGGCAAUGACAUCCAGACAAUUCCAAGUGAUGCUUGAUGUGUUGACCAACCUUCUCUUUGCCAGACUUCCUAAGCCACGCAAGAGUAGCCUAUCAUAUUCAGCCGAAGAUGACGAAGACGUUGAAGAGGAGGCGGAUGAAGUUGUUCCUGAUGGUGUUGAGGAAGUAGAAUUGGCAAAAGUUGAGCUUGAACAGAAAGAGAGGGUCCAAGGAUUGAUUUUUGAUGAUAUCAGGAAACUUUCUCUGCCUGGUGAUACAUUUGGGGAUCCACAAGCAGAAGUGGAAGCGGAUCUUUGGAUGGUGACUAGUGGAAGGUCUACUCUGGUUCAAAAAUUGAAAAGGGAACUCAUAAAUGCACAAAAGUCUAGAAAGGCUGCAUCCGCUUCUUUGAGGUUAGCUUUGCAGAAAGCUGCCCAGCUACGAUUAAUGGAAAAGGAGAAAAAUAAAAGCCCCUCUUAUGCAAUGCGGAUUUCCUUGCAAAUCAACAAAGUUGUGUGGGGAAUGCUCGUUGAUGGAAAGUCUUUCGCUGAAGCAGAGAUAAAUGACAUGAUUUAUGACUUUGACCGAGACUAUAAGGAUGUAGGUGUAGCUAAGUUCACUACAAAGUACUUUGUUGUGAGAAAUUGUCUUCCGAAUGCUAAGUCUGACAUGCUCUUAUCUGCAUGGAAUCCUCCUUCUGAAUGGGGAAAAAAAGUGAUGCUCCGUGUAGAUGCAAAACAGGGAUUCUCAAAGGAUGGAAAUUCUCCUCUUGAAUUGUUCCAGGUGGAGAUCUACCCUUUGAAAAUACAUUUGACUGAGAGCUUGUACCGAGUGAUGUGGCAGUAUCUCUUUCCAGAAGAAGAACAAGACUCCCAAAGGCGACAGCAAGUAUGGAAAGGCUCGACUACAGCAGGUUUAAAGCGUGCGAAGAAAGGAACAUCAGUUAGCGAUGCUUCCACAUCUGGCAAUCAUUCUACAAAAGAUGCUGAAACAUCAAAAUCAAGUACCUUCAAUUUUGCAGCUUCAUCUGCAACUAACCAAUCUGGCAUUACUGAUGAUUCUUCCCAAGCAUCAAAAUUUCAAAAUUCAAAAGCAACAAAACCCGAGCUCAGGAGAACAUCUUCCUUUGACAGAACAUGGGAAGAGAAUGUGGCAGAAUCUGUGGCUAAUGAACUUGUACUGCAACUGCACUCUUCAUCAAAACAUGGUUCUGCUCUUACCCUUGAACAGCAAGAUGAGGCCACUAAGACUAAAUUAAAAGACGUAAAACUAAAACCUGGCCGUUCGUCACACGAGGAGAAGAAAUCGGGAAAAAUUCCAGACGAGAAAAGAUCUCAACCUCGAAAGUUGAGGGAGUUUCACAAUAUCAAGAUCAGUCAGGUUGAGCUGCUGGUUACGUACGAAGGAUCAAGAUUUGCCGUGAGCGACCUGAGGUUGUUGAUGGACACAUUCCACAGAACUGAGUUUGUUGGUACUUGGAGGAGGUUGUUCUCUCGUGUCAAGAAGCAUAUUAUAUGGGGAGUGCUGAAAUCCGUCACGGGCAUGCAGGGAAAAAAAUUCAAGGAUAAAUCGCACUCUGCCGCAGUGGCGGUCCCCGAGAGCGACCUCAAUCUGAGCGACAGUGAUGGGGGCUCGGCCGAGCGGGGUGAUCAGCAGAUCCCAAUUGCGUGGCCAAAGCGCCCUGCCGAUGGAGCUGGGGAUGGCUUCGUGACGUCCAUAAGGGGACUCUUCAACUCCCAGCGGCGCAAGGCAAAGGCCUUUGUUCUGCGCACAAUGAGGGGAGAGGCCGAAAACGAGCUGCACGGCGGAGACUGGAGCGAGAGCGAUGCUGAGUUUUCGCCGUUUGCGAGGCAGCUCACCAUAACCAAGGCCAAGAGGCUCAUCAGGCGCCACACCAAGAAGUUCCGCUCCAGGGGACAUAAAGGUUUAUCUUUGCAGCAUAAAGAGUCAUUCUCCGGAUCUCCCAGAGAGGGCUCACCCUUUGAAGGAACACCCUUUGAAGGCACACCAUUUGAAGAAAGUGAUUCUUCGAGUGGAUCCUCACUUUAUGAGGAUUCCCAAAUAGAGUCCAGAGAUAUUUUGAGUCAAUCGUAA